GGGCCGCGCCGCACCGCACCGCACCGCACCGGCGGCCAUGGAGCGAGUGUAGGGCCCGGCGGGAAUUGUGGGAGGCGCUUCAGUGAAGAAAUGGACCAGUGUGUUUAAGCAUGGAAUCUCCUUGCUAAUCUUCACCCACAGUUCUCCUUGAUAAGGGAGAGAGAUCGGGUCAGGGGAGAAGGAAAAGAGGUCAACAUGAAGCUAAAGCAGCGAGUCGUGCUGUUAGCAAUUCUCCUUGUCAUCUUUAUCUUCACCAAAGUUUUCCUGAUUGACAACUUAGAUACAUCAGCUGCCAACCGGGAGGACCAGAGGGCUUUCCACCGAAUGAUGGCUGGCUUGCGGGUGGAGCUGGAGCCCAAGCUGGACCACACCUUGCAGUCUCCCUGGGAGAUUGCAGCCCAGUGGGUGGUUCCCCGGGAAGUGUACCCUGAAGAGACACCAGAGCUGGGGGCAAUCAUGCAUGCCAUGGCCACCAAGAAAAUCAUUAAAGCUGAUGUGGGUUAUAAAGGGACCCAACUGAAAGCCUUACUGAUACUUGAAGGAGGACAGAAAGUUGUCUUCAAGCCUAAGCGAUAUAGUCGAGACUACGUGGUAGAAGGGGAGCCAUAUGCUGGUUAUGACAGGCACAAUGCAGAGGUAGCGGCCUUCCACUUGGACAGGAUUCUGGGCUUCCGUCGUGCCCCCUUGGUGGUUGGCAGAUUUGUUAAUCUGCGGACAGAGAUCAAGCCUGUUGCCACGGAGCAGCUGUUGAGUACCUUCCUAACCGUAGGAAACAAUACUUGUUUCUAUGGGAAGUGUUACUACUGCCGAGAAACAGAGCCAGCUUGUGCUGAUGGAGACACGAUGGAGGGAUCUGCCACACUCUGGCUCCCAGAUGUGUGGCCGCUGCAGAAACACAGGCACCCCUGGGGCAGGACUUACCGAGAGGGCAAAUUGGCCAGGUGGGAGUAUGAUGAGAGCUACUGUGACGCUGUGAAGAAGACGUCCCCCUAUGACUCGGGCCCACGCCUCCUGGACAUCAUCGACACAGCUGUCUUUGACUAUCUGAUUGGCAAUGCUGACCGGCAUCACUAUGAGAGCUUUCAGGAUGACGAAGGUGCCAGUAUGCUCAUCCUUCUUGAUAAUGCCAAAAGCUUUGGGAACCCCUCACUGGAUGAGAGAAGCAUUCUCGCCCCUCUCUAUCAGUGCUGCAUCAUUCGGGUUUCUACCUGGAACAGACUGAACUACUUAAAGAAUGGUGUGCUGAAGUCUGCCUUAAAAUCAGCCCUGGCCCAUGACCCCAUCACUCCAGUGCUCUCUGACCCUCACCUGGAUGCCAUGGACCAGAGGCUCCUGAGUGUCCUUGCCACCGUGAAGCAGUGCACUGACCAGUUUGGGGUGGACACUGUGCUGGUGGAAGACAGGAUGCCUCUCUCCCACUUGUAAUUGUCAACACAGAACAUGAAACUUCUUUCUACAAAGAUAGAAAAACAGCACAAUCCAUUCCAAAUGGUAUCUGGUGGCCUAGAAAUGGCCAGCAGCAAGUUCUGGUGAUAGGGAUGCGUGGCCUUGGAUGUCUUUGGUGU